AUGGCUACAGGUGCCAGCGGGAUCCCCAGUGUCAUGCGCGCUGGUAGACGCGUUGGCGGUGCUGGGACGGGGGGAGUGGAGGAUUAUGAGUGCGCGCUGGUAGACGCGUUGGCGGUGCUAGGACGGGGGGAGUAUGGAUGGCGCGACGCGGAGAGCUACCCACCAAUAUUGUCACGGAUCAUCAAGGUGGCACGGUUAUGCCACACGGUGCUCAACGACCAGGUCAACUAUCCAACAGGCCGUAGUGGAUAUGAAAUACAACAUAUCCAAAUCAAAAGCGAUAAUUCCGCCGGGAAGGGGUUACAUUGUGGUGUCAAAGUCAAUGAGUUGAGGUGCGAUGUUUGA